CCUCAAGUUUGCCAUCUGACCACUGGUAGUGGUCAAUCAACUGUUGUCUUGCUUUUGUUAGUUUUAGAUCUUUUCUUCGACUGGCCUCUUCCUCCUCUCUCUUCGCGACUGUGAUUUUUUUACAACUGUGAUCCCCGCAAUCGGAAACUGUGUACUUGUGAUUCUGAGAAACUUUGCAGCUCUAGUGGUAUCCCUUGGUUGACAUCGCAAUGGCAGUAUCUGCAAUUGGAUUUGAAGGUUAUGAAAAGAGGCUCGAAAUUUCCUUUUUUGAGCCUGGCGUCUUUGUUGAUCCUGAAGGAAAGGGUCUGCGAUCACUGUCGAAAGCCCAGUUGGAUGAGAUUCUGGGUCCAGCCGAGUGCACCAUUGUUUCCUCACUGUCAAACAAGCAGGUGGACUCUUAUGUCCUUUCCGAGUCUAGCCUCUUUGUCUAUCCUUACAAGAUCAUCAUCAAAACCUGUGGGACAACAAAAUUGCUUCUUGCAAUCCCACCCAUCUUAAAGUUGGCUGGCAGUCUUUCUCUUGCCAUAAAAUCUGUUAGGUACACUCGCGGGAGCUUUAUCUUCCCUGGUGCUCAGCCAUAUCCUCACCGCAACUUCUCUGAAGAAGUUGCUAUCCUUGAUAGCUAUUUUGGGAAGCUUGGCAGAGGCAGCAAGGCUUAUGUGAUGGGUGGCCUGGAUAAACAGAAAUGGCAUGUGUACUCUGCUUCUGCAGAAUCAGUCAUCUCCAGUGGCGCUAUUUACACUGUGGAGAUGUGCUUGACUGGUUUGGACAGGGAAAUGGCUUCAGUAUUCUACAAAGACGAAUCAGGCUUAGCUGCUGUUAUGACCAUUAAUUCUGGCAUAAGGAAGAUUCUACCAGAUUCUGAGAUAUGUGAUUUUGAGUUUGAUCCCUGUGGUUAUUCAAUGAAUGCAAUUGAAGGGGCUGCAAUUUCUACUAUUCAUGUUACACCAGAAGAUGGGUUUAGUUAUGCAAGCUUUGAAGCUGUGGGCUAUGAUCUGAAAGAUUUGAAUCUGAAACAGUUGGUGGAAAGGGUGUUGGUUUGCUUCAAACCAAGUGACUUCUCUGUUGCAGUGCAUGUUGAUGUUGCGGGUCAGUCACUUGAACAGAACUGUUUGCUGGAUGUGAAAGGAUACUGUUGCGGAGAGAGAGGCAUUGAAGAGCUUGGAAUCGGCGGUUCCGUCAUCUACCAGAAAUUUAACAGUACUGGGGGCUGUGGAUCUCCUAGAUCAACUCUGAAAUGCUGCUGGAAAGAGGACGAAGAGGAAGAGGAGUAGUUUGAACGGAGUUAUUUCCUUUUAAUAGUUUCCGUUGGUUCAUUUAAAUAAAAUAAAUUGCUCCGCAGGCAUUGCCUAAUGAGAGCAUGGGGUAUUAUUAGUACGUUGUCCUUCAAUUCGUGUCAAUGUUACCCAAGUCAAUACUAUGCCUGACAACUUGAACGUGUACUGUCAUCCAUUUGGCAGAGUUUGGGUUUUAAGUUUGUAUUGAACUUGGCUUAUAUUAUUGCUAUCAGAGAUUUGCAUGAAUAUUUGGUUGUGAAA